CAGAUGUUCAAUACCACAGCCUGCUCUCAUUUCCUGGGCGGAGAACUCGCUAUUCUAGCAAAGCAACAGGAACCAGUUCAAAAGCAGCUGAGAAAACGGCGAAGCGCACAUGAAGUGCAUCUGUGUCACCCACAAGCUCUGACAAGCUGUUAGACCGUAGCCAGCCUUUGACACCAAAAAUAGGAGGAGAGGCGGAGAUCGGGCUGGUGGAAACGGAGGAUGCAAAAGAUUUGAGAAGAGUUCAUCGGCACAAUUUAAAAGAAAAUAACAGUAGAAGAAUGGCAGGACGGAUGGACUGAAAAGGGGAAAGGAAGGACGCCUGAGAGCUGAUUACAGACCCUUUAUUUUCAUUACUUCUGCUACUGUAACUGUUGCUGAUUUCCGAGCGGGGCCCGGUUUGUGAGCCGUAUUCGGUGUUUCAAGAGCCACGAGUUGGGGCCGUGGUUUCAUAUCGUUUAGGCUCAAAGCGGUUCUAUUUAUCUGAAGCCAGCAGGUGGGUCGUUUUUGCAGUAUAUUAUAGGAUUAAUUCUUAAUCAUUUUGUCCGUGCGUGUGAGAAUCAGUGGGAAAGCACUAGCGGAGAUGGUCUUUGGGGAAGACACCGAAGUCCCUCAAGCACUUGGUUGUCUGAAUAAAAAAAAGGAACUCUUCAUGAAGUCCGUUAACAUGUUGAAAAGUCAUACUGCUUUUUCAGUUUCGAUCGUCUCUUAUAAGUAGAAAAAUGUUAGCCUGAAUUACUGUAAUACAGUGCUGCAAAUCGUAGCAUGUUUUGACUGUUUCGUGUAUUUCCAUUGCUCAUUUGACACUUGCACUAUUUUUUUUUUAUCUGCAGUUCUUUGAGGGUUUUGAGAUUAUAGCACUUGAUGCAGUCGACUCGUGCCGUCAUUGAGCUAAAGAGGAAGUUCUGUUCUUAUAGUUCUGUAUGUGUUUGAGAUUUCUGUACCAGUUCCUGCAGGGCGAGUACGGUGAGAAAGUCCCAGAGGUUCAUUCUGCCAUUUAUUUGACUAUAUAGGCGAGGUUUAAUCUCCUGGGGAAAUUAUUGGAACGUUAAAGUCUGAUGACGCUAUUUUGUAAGCCUGUCCUUCGGCAAUGAAGGAAGUGGAGUUUUAGGUAUAACAGGAAACACACCAAUUAAGUUUUGUCGAAACGAUAUUCAGGCUAAAAUGUAUUCGACCAUCUCUCAUAAGAGACCUUGUUGAAGUCACGUGUCUAGGAGAAUCUGCAGCAGUCUGUGUAAGACAGUGUAAGAGGAAGCUGAUGUUGAAAUUGCACUUUAGGGGGUGAAACAAGGAGUUUCAGGUUCGUGUUGCCGCUGGCAUUUGUGUGGGUGUGUGACGGUUCAGCAAGGCUUUCUGGCUGGAAGCUCUGAAUUGGAUUCGGCACCAGGGCGGUGCUCAGAAACUCAGGCUCCUUAAGGGUGUGAGAGUUUCCGUGGGGGGGGGGGGGUGACCCCUGACCCUGGCCGUCAGUGCAGGACAAUCAGCAGAGGUUACAGCGAGACGCCUUUGCUCUCACACCUCCUACUCUGAAGGUAUUUUACAUUUUCCGGGGCGGCCUUAGUGACUGGGAGGUUGACCAUGUGGGCUGGUUGGCUGACUCUGGCUGCAGUCUGGGUGCUGGGCACCGUGGGUGGCAGCGACGGAAUGUCGACCUGCAAGACGCUGGACCUGGAGCUGGUGAAGAGGAAGCGCAUUGAGGCCAUCCGGGGCCAGAUCCUCAGCAAGCUGCGGCUGCUGAAGGAACCGGAGCCCGAGGAAGGCGACGAGGGCGAGAACAUCCCCGUCUCCUUGGAUUCGGCUUACAGCAGCGCGGUGAACAUGAGCGCGGAGUGGGCAAAGCAGCACCAGGACCAGCCCUUGUCUCCUGAGCAGGAGGAGGAAGAAUACUUUGCCAAGGAGGUGCACAAGUUCAACAUGAUGAAUCCCUCUGAUAACAAUGCGCAUCAGAUGAUGUUCAAUCUGAGCGAGAUUCGGGCAGCGCUGGUGAACGAGCAACUGCUGUCCUACGCCGAGCUACGGCUGCCCAUCAAAACGGUUACCAUGGACAAGGACGAAGAGCAGAGGAUGGAGCUGUACAGCGGCGUUGGCGAGAAGGCUCGCUACCUGGGGUCACGCUUCGUCAACUCCAAGAUGACGAACCAGUGGCUGUCCUUCAAUGCUACACAGACCGUCAGGGAUUGGCUACUGGGCAAUGAAGAUAUCCCGCAAUUCCAAAUGAAGCUAUACUGUAGCUGUGGGGGUUCGCCUGAAAAUUUCAAGUUCCAGAUGUCAGGAAUGACUAACACGAGAGGGGACCUAAAGACCGUGUCCCAGAACGGUGAGAAGCCGCAUCUCCUGGUGAUGUCGAUCCCUCAGGACCGCGCCAGCCAGCUCACGUCACGCAGAAAGCGCUCUACUGCCACCGAGGAGUCGUGCUCCGAAAACAAUGAAGACUGCUGCGUGCGUAAGCUGUACAUUGACUUCCGGAAAGAUCUGGGUUGGAAAUGGAUCUACAAGCCGAAAGGAUACCACGCCAACUACUGCAUGGGCUCCUGCACGUACAUCUGGAAUGCGGACAAUAAAUAUUCUCAGAUCCUGGCUCUGUACAAACACCACAACCCAGGGGCGUCAGCACAGCCCUGCUGCACACCUCAGGUUCUGGACCCCCUGCCCAUUCUCUACUACGUAGGGAGGCAGCACAAGGUAGAACAGCUGUCCAACAUGGUAGUUAAGACCUGCAAAUGCAACUAAACACGGAUGAGAGGGAUGGGUGAAGGAGAGGCCAUCCAAAGAUUCAGACUCAAACACAAGCGAUGAAAAGGAUGUGGAGAGUUCCUGCCUGGGGAGUCCCCGUCUUCCCGAAACCAGGAAGAAUCACCAAAGGAGAAAUAAUUUGAAAUUCUCAUAUAUGCAUCUUAUAUAAAAUUAUACUUUUAUACAUUUCAGUUUCCUCAGAGGUAUUAAAUAUCUUGCAUAGACUGAAUUAAUUUAUUUUCGGCAGUCUUACAGCUGAGUUUUGUUGUAUAGUAACUUGGGAGGCAGCUGAAUGGGGCAGUAGCAUGGUGCUGACAUGGGCCUUGUUGUACGAAGGGAAUUUAAUACACUGGACCGUGCGUCAUCACACUGGACCGUGCGUCAUCACACUGGACCACACUCAGCUGAGAUCUUGGAGGGUCCCGGGUGUCCGCACGCCAUUAAGGAGUGUGAUCUGUGACAGCGGUGGGGACUCCACGGACAGAAUAGGCGCUGUCACCACAUGAAAAGGACAGCGGGCAGACAGCGGUCACCUCAAGGAUGCCUUUCUGACCAGAGGGCCGUCAGAGCACAUGGACUUCUGGAGGAGUCCGGGCUUCCAGCCUUGAAGGAAGAGCGUACCAGUGCAAGAUAUUCUGCUUUUUGGAGACUGAGUCAUAGUACAUCUGAGAUAUCAUUAUACAAUGGAGUGGGAUGACUGGAUUAGGGUUAAUGUGAACCUGCCUUUCAGUGGUUAGACUGGUUAAACCCUCCUGCCCCUCAACACACACCUGACGGAGCACGCUAACUCCUUUGGCCUGCUUGCUUGGCAAAGUCCUCGUGUUUAUGAGAUUCGUGUUUCAUUUUACGCUUUUGUAUCCGAUGUAUGUCUUAGUUGUUUUAGUCCUGGGUUAAUUACACCUCAUGUUAAGGGCAUAAUUAUUAUUACUACAGAAUACAGUACAUAAAAAAACCUGUUUUGCUUUA